CGAAACUUUUAUGAUGUGGAACUUGAAAAAGUUCAUUGUUUUGCUUUUAUUUGCUAAUCUCUGCCAUUCUGAUGAAACCUGUGACAUUGCAAGUGUACAUGUCACUAAUGAAGAUGGAAGUCAACACACUUUUAGCAUGAAACAACUCACAAAUCCAGAGAAACAUUGUACAACAUGUGGCACCCAAAUUUCAACAGAUCCAUUUUCUGUUGGGUUGAUGCCUUCUAUAGCAGCAGACAUGGGUAUGCCCAAUAUUCCGUGUGAAAAAGAUGGAGAUGACCUCUGCAAACUAUGUCAAGGUGACCAAGAGAAUAAUCCUGAAUGUGAAGCUAAUGAAGACUUGUUAAAGGCUGCAGCUCAGUCUUUGAUAGAUAAAGGACAUAUAGUGAUAGCAUCAGGGGACGAAGAAGUAGAUGACAAAAUUGCUUAUGGAAUGGUGCUUUUGCUUAGUGGUCUCGUGGAUGCCUCCAUUGACCAGCUUACAUCAGUCAUACAGAAUGGUAAGGAUUUUAACAUCUCGGUGGCUCAUAGAGGGAGGGGCAUGGCCUACACAAAGAAAGCAAAAGAGAAUGUUUCCUUCCUGGGAAAGGCGCUUGCAGAUUACACUAAAGCAAUAGAACUAAAUAACAGCGAUCCAGACAACUAUGAACGAAGGGCAGAGGUUCUCCUAGCGGCAGGCAGAUACACUCAGGCAUCUGAAGACAUUCAGAAGGCUUUGAAAAUUAAAAGAUCUGUCAAAUUACAGUUCCUACUUGGCAUUGUCAAACUUGGGACAUGGGACUUUGUUGGUGCCAAAAAGGAGCUUCGUGGUGUACUGGAUGUGGAGGAAAAAAAUUACCAAGCCCUUUACUACCUCGGCUUGGCUCUUUAUAAUAUGGGAGAAAUUAGGAAUGCCAUAGAGGCUUACAAAGAGGCAAUUGCACUAAAGCCAGACACACCAGAGGUUCACACCAGUCUGGCACAUGCUUACAAAGAGCUAGGCAACCAGAAGUCUGCUAGACAGAGUUUCAACACUUCACUGACCCUGGACAGUAAUGUAGCAAUGACAUGGCAGUUACGUGGUGCCAUGUACCAGAAUCUAGGUCAGCCAGGACAUUCCAUACAAGACAUGCAGAAAUGUCUUGAACUUGACCAGCACAACAGGGUAUGUGAAUAUAUACAAGGUGUGGCACAUAUGGCCCAGGGACAGUUCUUUGAGGCUGUCAAAGAUCACACAAGGCUCAUAGCAUAUAAGCCUCGUCCAAUGUUGAAACUACCUCCUGAAAUGCUGAAAGCACAUUACCUCAGAGAAUACUCCAGAUAUCUCCAUGCAGAGCUAGAUACUUCAAUAAGUGACUUUAACCCAGACAAUCAACUGGAUGGAGAGUUCAGAGACCACUGGGCUAAACUUUUACCUUUUAUAUUUGAGAAAUAUACAGAACAGCCAGGGAUUCAACCAAAUAUAGAAGAUGUGUCACUUCCAGAAUUUAGUGAAUAUGAAAGUGAUGUUCAAGGUUUAAUAUGUCGGGCAGAAAAGAUCGGCAAACUAUCUCAGAUUAACGCUGAUGGGUACAGUGUUAAUAAAAGGUUGAAUUUAGCAAUUGGUCUUGCAGCGAUCCAUACUGCUCAGUCAAUGGAGGCCAUUUUUAGAGGGGGCACAAGUAAACACAUUAAACCAGAUCAGAGAUACCACUGGCGUGACCUCUACAAUAUAGCAGUGCCCUAUAGGAGACUUUAUGACAUGGAAAACCCUGUCUUUUGGCUUGAUCUCAUGCCUGAGGAGAGACAGAGGGAAGGCUACAACUCAGAUCUCAAUUUUAUCAGGGGCCAGACUAAGAAUCUCAGGUUGAGGUCUUACUUCAACCUUGUGUUUAGUCUCAUUCAAACCAUGAUACAGCGCAAUCAAGAUAAUACUGCAUUCUCUGCUAAAUUCAAAGACCAAAUAAGGAAAGCCAAAACUUGCGAAGACAUUCUACAGAUCUCAAAGGACUAUAAUCUGAACCAAGAGGGCUAUAUGGUGUCCAUUCAGGUGCCCUGCUUUCCUGAAAGGAUCAAAGAGCAGAAAGGAGACCAGGCCAUAGAGGGCAUCAUCUUGACACUAACAGGGGAAAAGUCUGGGAAUACUCAGUUUUCUAUCAACAUUGCCAACACUAAAGAACGAAUCAACAGCUUUCACAUUGAGUUGGACUACAUCUUUAAUCGUCUACAGGAAGAGGGUAGAAAGGCUGUCUCAGGAAAACUCAAUGAAUCUGAUGGAAUAAUGAAUCUGAUUCUCUCACUGACCUACUACUUCUACAACCUAAGCCCACUCUCUAGAGGGACAAGUGCAGUGGCUUACUCUGUAUUGCUGGGAUUAACAAUGGCUGUUGGGAGGGAAAUCACUGGCAAGCUACCACAAGGAAAGCUCUUGGACCUUGAGGCAAUGCUUUCUAGCUCACCAAAUACAUUCAUUACAGUCGUCAAACAAUGGUUUAAUAUUAAAAGGUUAAAUUCUCCAGUUAGCACAUUACCAAAAGUAGCAGAUAGCUUCCCAACAGUGCGCAGUGUCAUAGAAGUGCUCAACCUGAGUCAUUCACUCUCCUGCUGACAUCUAUACAUCACAACAUGAAGCUCAAGAUACAACAUAGAAUAGCUUUUAUACCAUAUGAACUAUUCAUCAUUUAUAGAUGUCACUAGCGAUGACAUAAUCUCCAUGACAGGUUUGAAGGUGCUGCCAACAAAUAAAGCAGAGUUUAAUUUGGAAAAAAUUGACAUUUUAUCAGUUAUGUUUUGAAGUUAUGAUUGCUCAGUUUUU